GCGUGCUGUUCUCCUCGUUGACUGGUUGCCGUCUAUUUAAAUUGCACAACAAAGUGAUGGAUUCUCCCGAAAACAGGGACUCAACUGGAACGACUGCCGAUAGCUGCAGUAACUUUCCCGCGCAAAUUAUUGACUCUAUUCUGAAUGGUGACAUCUCUGAUACUGCGGAGGAUAUAACAACGGAAACGAUUUCUAAAGGAAAGUUGAAGCAUGAAAUGCGAAUGUUGCAAACACGUUUCAUGAACAGUGCAACAGCUCUUGAGAAUAGCAAAAAUCUAUCCAAAGCACGGGAGGAAGAGCUUUUGGAUCAGAUCAAUACACUGACAAUUAGAUUAAAUUUAGCCACAGCUCGUUAUGAUGCACUGGUUGAGACUACAACAGAAUCCGCCGAAUUAAAAGCUGAUUUGGUCCAAGCUAUAACCUGUAAACGAAGAUUGUUGAGUGAAAAUGAAGAACUUCAUAGUCAGCUGAAUUUAAUCCGUGAAAUUCUUAUCACUAAAUUACCGAAGAAAGUCGAUGCUACUAUUGAUAUGGAUAUCAGCAAUUACUCAACAUUAACUUCAACUGAAUUCGAUGUAUUGAAUAAAAGAUCUGUAAAUAAUUUGUCAACUUUAGAGUUAGUCAAGUUUUGGGUACAUACAGUAUUCACUAUUAUUUCACAGAGUAUUAAUCAGCAUGGUAUUAUUACUGACAGAAAAUGUAAUUCAGAAGAAAAUCGUAAACACGUUCAAUUUGUUGAUUUGUCGUCUGGAUCACUAUCAAAUUCAGUUUCAGUAGAUGUUCAGCGAGCACAAGUUAAAUGUUCUAAGGAACAUAAUUUGAAGAAUGUGAAUAAUAAUUGCCUCGAAAAUAAUGGAGAUAAUUAUCACAAUAAUUAUGGUGCUGUUCCAUCUUCAGUUGAAAUUAUCGCAUUGGAACAGCAAAUUCAUUUAAUGAAAUUGGAUAAAGAAUUUUACUUAAAACAGUUGUUUAAUCUUCGUACAAAGCUGCAAACAGCUGAAGAAACAAUUACCUCACAAGAAAAGCUAAUAGCUGAUUUGGAAAGCAAUUCAAGGCAAAUAAUGAAGGAGAAAGCGACAUUAAAUCAAACACCUUUACCUGAAGAUUUUAACUCUUGUAUGAAAACAGAUGAAGUGACUAAAUUGAUUCAAACAGAAUUUGAAAAACUAAAGUCAAUUGAUCAAGAAUUGCACAAUAAAGAAAUUAAUAUACUUCGAGAGCAAAAGGAAAAUGCCAUAUGUGAAUGUGCUAAAUUAAAAACACAGUUAGAACAAAAAGAAUAUACAUUGAAACAGUUAACAGAAAAAGUUGAAGAAAUGCAAAUUUUAAAUGUGGAACACGAUAAUCAGUUACGUGGACAAAUGAGAUCAGUGUUGAUGAAUUUAGAAAUAGAACAAGCUGCUAGGAAAGAUGCAUCUCUAGAGAUUGAAAAGCUUAAUGUUCAGCUGGAUGUCAGUAAAAAAUCUUACUAUGAGCUUGAAGCAAGAUUCAAUCAAGAAAGAGCUGUUUGGAGAAUCAAGGAGGAUAAUUACGAAAGGAAAUUACAGUUGAAUGAAACAGCUGAGAGAGAAAUAAACGAGUUAUUGGUAAAUUUAAAUUGUGAUGUCAGUAAAUCAAAUACAUCAUCAUCAAUAGACUACCAUUUACAUUGCAAACCACGUAUUGCUGUUUUGCUGGAGAAAAUAAAAAGUCUCCUAAUGGUAAACGAUAAUCUUCGAAGUGGACUGGAAAACAAGUCUCAAGAGAUGGAGGGAUUUAAUAAAGCCAUCAAAAAAGAAAUGUUUAGUUGUGAACAGACAAGUUAUUUACACCAAACACUUGCACAAAAAGAUAUUCAAAUUCAUUCACUACAUAAACAAUUAAGUGAAGUCGAAAAAGAAGCUCAGUUAUAUAAACAAGAAAGAGACAGAUUAGAAAAUGAACGUAAUGUACUUUGCGAAGAUUUAGAGCGUAUUUUAACAAGGAGACAGAGUUUGGCCAGAUUGCGUGAAUAUAUUUUAUCUUUACUACAACAAGUACAGCCUAAUCAAAGCUUCACUGCUACAAGACAAAUGCAAAACCAGAAUUGUAUUUCACUGGACAAAGAUACAAAGUGUGGUUUUAAUUUUCCAGGGAAAUCAGAUUUUCAUAAUCAAACAUCAAGUGAUUAUCUGCGUGAUAUGAAUCGAGUUUCUAAUAUUCAUCAACAAGUUUAUGAUAUUCUACGUUCACAGUAAAACUCACAACUAAAUGACUUUUCCAAAAGAUGCCCAAAAUUAUUCUUCUCAUUGUGAAGAUAACUUAUUCAAUUGUACGAGUGAUUAUCAUUCUUAUUUAGUCAUGCUUUGGUUUUAAAAUUUGUUUGUUUUUAAUUGUGCCAAAAUAUUCAAUAAAUCUAUAAUUGCCGGAAAUUCUCAUAUCAGGUUAAGUAGGGGAUAACAGAACUGUGAUUUGAAACCUUUAUUACUCACUCUUCCUGUUGUUUUCCUUUUUGAAAGUAACGCUUCUUUUUUUUUAAAUAGUCGACUUUUUUCAAAUUUAAUUUAUGAAAAUGAUUUAAUUUUAUUGAUAAGUUUUAACGAGAUUUUCAUUUUUGUAUACUUACUGUUUAUUAAAAUCAGGUUUUAAGAUAAUAUUAUAUUUCAUUGUAUCUCACCUGGCGUACAGAUGAGUUUCACUGACAAAUCAUUAGUGACCUGUUAUUUCAUCAGGUCAAAAUACAGAAGAACAUUCUUAAAAUGUUUACAUGCUUCGAUGUAUAAACACUUUCUUUGAUAUGUUUUCACAAAUCUGCAUGCAAACUCUUCGUGAUCGAUAGUUUUGUUCAUCUUACUGUUCUGAGAUUAGUUUAGUUUCUAUCAUGUCGUCAAUUUCUCUGUUUUCACUAGAGAAAUUCUCCGUCUCCCUUUCAAUAGUUGCUACUGAUAUUGUUUACAGGUGUCCAUUAUGACGGUUUUAUUGGUAACUCACGAUUAAUACAACUCUGGAUGCAGGUUAUGCUUCACCUCAACAGAAUCACGAAAGCUGUUUUCGUUUUAAGCAACAAAUGUCAUUUGUAUCUGAUAACAAAGAAUUCGCGUACGCAGGCACCAAUUCCAACACAAUCAUUAUGUGUCAUUUGUGUUCAUAUUCAAAAAUGCCUCACAUAAGCUAAUAUGGCACUUCAAGCAAAAUGAGGUCAAUGUGUAUUCUGGGUGAAUUGUGCACAACACAGUUUUAUUUUUAAGCAUGGCAUUUUGUAACAGAUGAAUACUUUCAUUUUCAGCCAAGUCCAGUACUUUACGGUUAUAGAAAACCUUCAGAACCGUGUGAAUAUUACGACAACGUCCACACAAAGUGUUCAUACAGUGCAUGCAUUAAUAUAGAGUUUCAUUGCGGUCUGUGUAUCACCGCUAUCGCAUAGUGUAUAAGUAAUGGACACAUCAUAAGCUUCUAAUGUUUUCAUACUACUGGAUACUGUGUUGCACAAUGGAUAUUUGGUAUAAGGUAAAAAAUUAUCGCUUUUCUCAAAUUUCUACAAACAAUCCCGGUCACAUAAGGGGAGACAACUCAAAAUAACAUGGUUUGUGGAGGCCUUCUUGCAAAAACCUAAAAUUGUUCAAAAUCCUUCCCAUCUACUGCACCAUUGAGAUUUUGUUAUGUUCAUUGCAAAAAAAUAUGAUCCAAAUCAACGGGUAAUUCACGUGAAAUUAUGUUGUCCUUCUCAAUUUAUCGUCCUUUCCUUGGUGUAAUUCACAUGACUUCUCCAUCAUAUCUGGAAAACAAUAAGCGGCAGUAAAUUCAUCAGGAGUUCCAUGUUUGAAGAUUAUAUCGUUACUUUUAAUAUUUACUGUGUAACUUGAACCUUUCUUUGAUUACUAAAAACGCCUUGAAUGACAUUCAGUAACUUGUUAGUCUGGAAAAUAAAUAGACAUUGCGA